GUGGCCCUGGACCCCAGACAACGAUAUGGGAGGCAACUUCGCCCGCGUUGAUCCCUAUUGCCCUCAACGCCGACGAGGUUGAACUGCUCAGACGUCACCGUUCCUCCUUGGGUUCCAUUGCUGAUACCCCUGAUCUACAGAUGUCGACUCCAUUGGAGUCGAGAGGUGAGGAGAUUCAGAUUCAGGGGAAAGGGGACUGGCUGUCCGGGGUCGACAUUUACUAUAAAAUGGCCAGUCAGGUCAGCUCUGUAUCGCUCUUCUCUUCUUCAUCCAUCAAUCACAAGUCUCUCAUUCCAGUCACUCCUUAUUCUGUUUGCCUUCGCAGCCUUUCAUUCAUUAUUCAAACUUAAAGUCUUUCUUUAACAACCAAACCACCAUCAAAAUGAAGUUCACUGGAAUCCUCGCUUCCCUGGCCGUUGCCAGCACUGCCUACUCCGCUGCCAUCCCUUCUUCGCUCGACUCCCUUCCCGUUGGGCAGCUCAACGUGGUGACCGAGAAGGUCUCCGGCGUCCAGGGCCUCCUGGGCGGCCUCCUCGGUGGCCUGCCUCUGGUCGGUGACCUCACCCAGAACACCCAGCUCAAGAACCUCAAGAGCGAACUCUCCGACCUUGAGACCACCCUCAAGGGCCUGUCCGGCUCCGUCAGCAAGCGCGACGGUACCGAGCAGGUCACCCAGCUCGCCGAGGGCAUCGUCAAGAAGGCCGAGAACAGCGCCCUGGAGGUCGAGGGUCUGACCAACCUCCUCUCCCAGCUCUCCGGCUCUACCGCCGGUGUCCCUCUCGUCGGUGACCUCCUCGACGUCCAGGGCCUCCUGGGCCUGCUCUAAACGGGCAUCUCACCCGUUUUCUUCCCGGCCGAGUGAUGUAAGCCGUGGGGAGCCUCAUACACACACGACAUCGAGAAGACAACGACUCUCGCCAGGAUAUGACGCUCAACGCUGCGAUGGUUUCG